AUGAGUAUAAGUAACCUUAUUGUCGAUGACUCUGACGAAAUUAGCAUUGUUUCUAGCGUUAAUGACCCGUACCACAUUAAUGUUGGUCACAAUACGUGUAAUGGAAAUCAACCGAGUGGCUCUUUACCUAAGGAACCUUGUUAUCCACAUGAGUCUAAUCAACAACAAAGUAUUCCAGUUCGUAUUACCUCAAUUAGGAAAUCAAAACAAACCCGUAAAAAAGUUAACUUGAGACAAACAGAGCUCAACCGUUCAAAUACGGUUUAUAGCGUGGAAAGUUAUGUAUCUACACAGGGGAGUAAACAAUCAAGAUCAUCCGACAAAAACAAAAGUCAUAACAAUCACAGAAAAACUAACAAUGAGGGUUUUUGUACGGGUCUCUCGAUGAGAGACAAAAUAGGAUG